AGGCGGAGGCGGUGGCCCGGGCGGAGGAAGAGGCGAGCCAGCGGCAGCGGCAGCGGGGAGAGCUCGGGCGGCCGCCGCCGCCUCCUGCGAGCGCCGCGCGCCCAGGCCCGGCUCGCAUGCGAGUCACGUCCGCCCCCUCGGCGCGGCCGCCCCGAGACGCCAGCCCCGCCGAGUGAUGAGAACAGACGUCAAACUGCCUUAUGAAUAUUGAUGCGGAGGCUAGGCUGCUUUCGUAGAGAAGCAGAAGGAAGCAAGAUGGCUGCCCUUUAGGAUUUGUUAGAAAGGAGACCCGACUGCAACUGCUGGAUUGCUGCAAGGCUGAGGGACGAGAACGAGGCUGGCAAACAUUGAGCAGCAGGCCCUCUCAAAAUCGUCCUCUCAGCCUUGGUCCUGUUGAGUUGCCACACUUGGAGAAAGCAGGAGAUGGGCUCGGCAGUGGCCAACAGGACAUGAUCCAGGAGGAGCAGUGAGGGAUAAAGCUGCUGGAUUCAUUCAGAGGGCAGCCUUGUGGAUGGCCCCGAAGUAAAGCCUGAUGGAACAGGAUAGAACCAACCAUGCUGAGGGCAACACGCUAAGUCCAUUCCUGAUACCGUCACCUUCUGCAGUUUGCCAGACAGAACCUCUGGCCUUAAACCUCCAGAAUGGCAGCCCGUUACCCGAGAGAGCUCCUCCAGAGGUCAACGGAGACACCCAGUGGCAAGCCAUCAGAAGUCGCCAGGGAACAGCCAAUGUCAAGGAAAGCCAGAAGAGUCUGGAUUUUAUGCAAGGGUAUCCCACGUGUUUCCAAAAUGGAGGAAUAAAACGCACAGUUAGUGAAUCCUCUCUGUCUGGGCUCCUUCAGAGUCAAAAACGAAAACUAGACCAAAAGGCUAAUGAAGAAAGAAUUUACUUCGGGGAAAGCCAUGAACAAAAUCCAGGGGAAAGCAGCAGUCAACCAAAUGUCUCCGCUUUGAGUGAUCAAGUCGAAUCUGCAAGCUUUGUAGCCCAAGACAGUAACAAAGAUUUGGCCAGUUUCUCAUCACGCAGCACCAGUGGGCCAGAAAGACCAGAGCUUCAGAUUCUGAUUGAGCAAGAAGGGAAAAAUGUUAACUUGCAAGACCAGAACAUGGAAUUACUUCUUAAAAACAAGGCAGUGCUAAUGCCUAAUGGUGCUACAGUUUCUGCCUCUUCCGUGGAAAACACACAUGGUAAACUCCUGGAGAAAACACUGUCUCAAUAUUACCCAGAUUGUGUUUCCAUUACGGUGCAGAAAACCACAUCUCAUCAAAAUGCCAUUAAUAGUCAGGCUCCUCAUGAGUUGUCCUGUGAGAUCACUCAGCCAUUGCAUACCUCAGGGCAGUUCAAUUCCCCACAGACCUCGAAUUCUGAGCUGCCUCCGGAGCCAGCUGCAAUGGAAACCGAGGCCUGUGAUGCUGAUGCUAGGAAACCAGCUGCGAUGCUAGGGACCUGUCCAUUUCAGAAACCAGACCAACCAAAACAGCCAAAGGCCGUGCCUGAGAUAUGCCCAUCUCCUGCAGAAAACGCGAACAUUCUAGGAGCCACAAAUCUGUUAUCUGAAGAAUUCGGUUCAGGUUCCAGCAGCAGUUUGCAAGCUCCUGGUAGCAGCUCUGAGUAUUUAAAGCAAAAUGAAACGAAUGGUGCUUACAUGAAGCAGAUCUCAGUGUUCACUAAGGACUCCUUUUCUGCCACUACCACAUCACCAUCACAAUUGCUUUCUCCGCCUCCCACUCCACUUCUUCAGCUGCCUGCAGAACGAAAACGGAGUCUGAAUGAUGUAGGUUUGGAAGAACACCCUCACCAGCCUAUCCGAAAGAAAAGGGCACUUUUACAGGAAGUAAAGAUAGAGCGUCAAUCUGACACGCCAAUAUGCCCGAGUCCUAUUCCAACUACACACACAUCUAAUUCCUCUCUGAUACUUCCAGAAGGGCCUCAGAAUAACUGUGUUAGCAAGAAUGGCAUACAGACCCCAGGGACAAAGACAGUUCCAUUGACUUCUGAAAAUAUAAGACCAGUAUCAGAACAUUUAAAACAUAACCCAGCGUCUCUUACUAGCAGUGGAGAGCUACAGGACCACUGCUGGAAGAUGGAGCAAGAGAUUCUGACAGGUCGAGAAAAGGAAAAAACACAAGAUCUUGUGCUCCCGAUGCGGCGCUGUGUGAAGCCAGGAUGGAUUGAAUUGAAGUCCCCUCGUUUUUCUGCAUCAGAAUCGCAUCCAAAAUGUAAUGACACAUCCCUGCGGUCAGUUCUUCAGUAUCAGUCCAACUCCUCCAAUCAGAUGGCCUCUACACAAUACACUGGAAAUUCCAAUGUGCCUGGGGAACUCCCCAGGCAAGCUUACAUCCAGAAAUCAAGGCAGCGAGAACAAAAGUCACCAAUGUACCCAGUUGAAGUGAAUCAGUGUCAAGGUGCAGCGGACCAACAUCUUCAGUUUCCAAAAGCCCCACAGCAGGUGCCCUUCUCCAAGACAGACCUUUCACCUGCCACUCACCUGCAGUCACAAUGUGACCCAAAAUUUCAUUUUCCACAGAAAGGAGAUUUUCACACCGAAAAACUCAUGUCGCCACUGUUAAAGCCGCACUUGAAUCAACAGGUUUCAGUGACUGAGCCGUUUUCAAAUUCACAGCUGUUGCCUCAGAAGCAGGCAGCACAAACACAACCAUCCCAAAAUUCACAUCUCCUUCAAUGCCAACAGCAACAGAAGUUACAAAUGAAGAAUAAAGAACAAACGCCCCAGACUGUGGCUCAUCCACAGAGCAACAAUGAUCAGUCAAGAGAACGGUUAUUCUUUGCCCAUGUUAAAGUCGAGGAAUGCUUUCAUGGUGAAAAUCAGUAUUCAAGAUCAAGUGAACAUCAGAUUCAUAAUCCCCAAGUGGGAUCGGAGCCAGUACAGCAUGCGAACGGUAGAAAGUCUCCCUAUGGACAGGUGAAACCAAGUGCAAGUAACGUGCACAUUUCUUAUUCACACAAUACACACACAGUUCCAGAGAAUAAAGAACAGACUGUUUCAAACUUGGCCCAAAACAAGGCCCAAACCUUGGAUCACAUGCAAUAUUUUCCAAAUAAUGUGACUUCAAAGCAAAAUGUUCUUCACAGGUGCUUUCAUGAACAAGAGCAGAAGCCUCAACCGGCUUCAAUUCUACAGGGAUAUAAAAGUAGAAACCCAGAUAUGUCUGGUGAGCUAGCCACACAACUAGCUCAGCCAAGGUACAUGAUGCAUAACCAAGCUAAUGCUUUUCCUGUUCCUGAGCAGGGAGGAAGUCACACUCAGACUCCUCCACAGAAGGACCUGCAAAAGCAUGCUGCUUUAAGGUGGCACCUGUUACAGAAGCAGGAACAGCAGCAGCAGCAGCAGCACCAGCAGCAGCAGCAAGCGCAACAAGUCCAGACGGAAUCUUGCCAUAGUCAGGUGCACAGGUCAAUUAAGGUUGAACCUGGAUCCAAGCCCCAUUCCUGUAUGCGUUCCCCAUCAGCACAAGCAGACAAUAAAACGUGGAAAAAGAUAAGUAAGCAAGAAAAUCUGCCUUCGAGCUGUGAUAAUAUGCAGCAGAAGAGUAUUAUUGAGACCAUGGAGCUGCAUCUGAAGCAGUUUCAGGUCAAAUCACUAUUUGACCAUAAGGCUCUUGCUCUGAAAUCACAGAAGCAAAUAAAAGUUGAAAUGUCAGGCUCACUCACGGUUUUAAGCAGGCAGAUCACUGCUGUGGAUUUUGAGAGCCACACUGCAGCUUCAGACCAGCUCGUAACUGCUUCAGAAAGGACUCCAACCAAAAAAACAGCUGGUUCUCUUCUCAAUAGUUUCUUAGAAUCACCUUAUACAUUUCUAGAUACUCCGAUAAAAAAUUUAUUGGACACACCUGUCAAGACUCAGUAUGAUUUCCCGUCAUGCAGAUGUGUAGAGCAAAUUAUUGAAAAAGAUGAAGGUCCUUUUUAUACCCAUCUAGGAGCAGGUCCUAAUGUGGCAGCUAUUAGAGAAAUCAUGGAAGAAAGGUAUGGCCAGAAGGGCAAAGCUAUUAGGAUUGAAAGAGUCAUCUAUACUGGUAAAGAAGGCAAAAGUUCCCAGGGCUGUCCUAUUGCCAAAUGGGUGAUUCGCAGAAGCAGCCAAGAGGAGAAGCUACUGUGUUUGGUGCGGAAGCGUGUAGGCCACACCUGUAGCACUGCAGUGAUUGUAAUUCUCAUCAUGUUGUGGGAAGGAAUCCCGCGCUUCCUGGCAGACAGACUCUACUCUGACAUCACAAAAGUCCUGAAGAACCAUGGCACUCUCACCAACCGUCGGUGUGCUCUGAAUGAAGAGAGAACCUGUGCUUGUCAGGGGCUGGAUCCAGAGACCUGUGGUGCCUCCUUCUCAUUUGGUUGUUCAUGGAGUAUGUACUACAAUGGAUGUAAGUUUGCCAGAAGCAAGGUCCCAAGGAAAUUUAAACUGCUUGGGGAUGACCCGAAGGAGGAAGAGAAACUGGAAUCUGAUUUGCAAAACUUAGCCACUCUCUUGGCACCAGUAUAUAAGAGACUUGCACCUGAUGCAUAUAAUAAUCAGAUUGAAUAUGAACACAGAGCUCCAGAGUGCCGUCUGGGUCUGAAGGAAGGGCGUCCGUUCUCAGGGGUCACUGCGUGUUUGGACUUCUGUGCUCAUGCCCAUAGAGAUCUGCACAACAUGCAUAAUGGCAGCACCGUGGUAUGCACCCUCACUAAAGAAGACAAUCGAGAAUUUGGAGCAAAACCUCAGGAUGAGCAGCUCCAUGUUCUGCCAUUAUACAAGAUCUCUGAUGUGGAUGAGUUUGGAAGUGUAGAGGGUCAGGAGGAGAAGAAACGGAAUGGUGCCAUUGAGGUGCUGACUUCUUUUCGGCGCAAAGUCAGGAUGUUAGCGGAACCUGUCAAGACGUGCCGACAAAAGAAACUGGAAGCCAAGAAAGCUGCUGCCGAAAAGCUUUCUGCUCUAGAGAAUAACUCAAAUAAGAAUGAAAAGGAAAAGUCCUCACGUACAAAACAGCCUGAAAAUGCAAGCCAGGCUAAACAGUUGGCAGAACUUCUGCGUCUUUCAGGACCAGCCAUGCAGCAGUCUCAGUCCCAACAACAGAAACAGCUCCCACUGCAGUCCCAGCUCCAGCCCCAGCCACAGCCGCAGCCCCAGCCGCAGCCCCAGCCGCAGUCCCAGCCCCAGCCCCAGCCCCAGUCUCAGCCCCAGCAGCAGCAGCAACUGCCUCCAUUGCCCCCACCGGCACAUCAUGCCUGGACCAGUAACCCUCCAUCAGAGGCCACCAACUCUUACUCUUCUUCCGGGUCCACAGAUGUGUACAUGAGACGGCUCAACCCAGUGAGUGCUCACCCUGGUUCUUCACACACUUCAGAUGUUUAUGGAGGUGCCAAUGCUAUGAACCUUUAUCCCACCUCAUCCCAAGCCACAGGUUCCUAUUCUAAUCCCAUGAGUCCCUACUCAGCACUGUUAAAUCAAAAUAAUCAAUAUGCAUCCUUUCAAUGUAAUGGAAAUAUACCCAUGGACAAUUGCUCACCCUAUUUGGGCUCCUAUUCUCCCCAGUCCCAUCCCAUGGAUCUAUACAGGUAUCCAAGCCAAGACCCUCUCUCCAAGCUCAAUCUGCCACCCAUCCACACAUUUUACCAGGCAAGGUUUGGAAACAGCCAGAAUUAUUCUUCUAAGUACCUGGGCUAUGGCAACCAAAAUAUGCAAGGAGAUGCUUUCAGCAACUGUACCAUUAGAUCAAAUUCACACCACCUUGGUGGAUUUCCCUCUUACUCCACUCAUGAAAUGGAUAGCCAUUUCAUAGGUGCCACCUCUCGACUACCAGCCAAUUUGAAUAACCCAACUGUAGAGUACAAAAACGGCGAACAUCAUCCAUCUUCUCACGUGGUUCAUCACUACGGAGUAGCUCCUGGCAUUUUCGACAGCUCCCCGCACACUCUGCAUCUCCAGAACAAGGAGAAUGAAGUUCUUCCCCACACUGCUAAUGGGAUGCCCAAGAUGCUUCCAGGGCUGAACCACCACAGAACUGCUGCUGUCCCCAGCAGCUCACAUAAACCCAGUGAUGCUAAUAGUCAGGACAAGCAGGCCUUGGAAACAGUUCAGGCUGGGACUCCUGUGGCAGCAGAAAAUGAUGAAGUGUGGUCGGACAGUGAGCAGAACUUUCUGGAUCCUGACAUUGGGGGAGUGGCUGUGGCCCCAGCACAUGGGUCCGUUCUCAUCGAGUGUGCAAAGCGUGAGCUUCAUGCCACCACCCCUUUAAACAAUCCCGACAGGAACAGCCCCACCCGGGUCUCACUUGUCUUUUACCAACAUAAGAGCAUGAAUGAGCCAAAACACGGCUUGGCUCUCUGGGAAGCCAAAAUGGCUGAGAAAGCUCGUGAGAAAGAAGAAGAGUGUGAGAAGUACGGCCCGGACCACGUGCCCCAGAAAACGCAUGGCAAAAAAUGCAAGCGGGAACCCACUGAGCCACACGAACCUUCUGAGCGCAGUUACCUGCGCUUCAUCAAGACUCUCGCCGAGAGGACCAUGUCCGCGACCACAGACUCCACCAUAACUACAUCUCCAUAUGCCUUCACUCGCGUCACUGGGCCUUACAACAGAUACAUAUGAUGCGGUCGCUUUUGUCAGUUACCUCACUUGAUAAGUCCACAACCAAACCUGUCUGUAGUUUCGUUCUCAUGAUGUGGGCAGUGGGGGAGAGGUCACAGUAUUCCUGAUGUGGUGGGAAAACCCCUGCUCCCCAGCAACAAAGGAGGGGAUCUUACCACAGCACUUCAUUUGCCCAAGUGGUCACAGAUGGUGUCUAGGGAGAAGACCAAAGCAUUCUAUGCAAAAAGAAGGCGGGAAGAAUGUGCUCCACAAUUUACAUUGUUAACACUGGUUCUAUUAUGGGAUGAGAAGAGAUGUAAAUGUGAUUUUUUCCCCCUUACUACUCUACACAUCUGUGACCAACUUUUAAUAAUACCAAGUUUGCAUAGUCAUAGAACACAAACAAGUACUGUAGAAUUACAGUUGCAGGAAUCAUACAAUACCAUCUGGUGCUGAAUAUACAAUGUACUGAAAUACUGGAAUUAUGGCUUUUAAAAUAUGCAGUUUUUACUGUAAUCUUAAUAUUUUAUUUAUCAAAAUAGUUACAGAGUGUAAAUGAAUAGCAGCAAAACACUGAAUUUGGAUGUGCUAAGAAAUGGUGCUAAGAAAAUGGUGUCUUUAACAGUUGAAAAUUUAAUGCCUUUAUCAUCAAGAUGUUGUCUGUGUAUUCCAAUACCCUUUCAGUAAUACGGGGUACCUUUUCAUUCAGAUUUUUACCAUUGCAGAUUCUUCACAUUUUUAAAGGACUCUGGAUUGCACUCAUCCAGCGAUGUCCUUGUAGGACAAUAAACAUAUAUGUACAUAUAUGCACACAUGUAUAUGUGCACACACAUGUACAAAUAUAAAAUGUAUAAAUAUUUUAAAUGGUGUUUUAGACGCACUUUGUCUACCUAAGCUUUGACAACUUGAACAAUGCUAAGGUACUGAGACUUUUAUUUUUAAAGUUUACUUUCAUUUUAGAAUGCAAAGUUGAUUUUUUUUUUAAUGAAACAAGGCUUUUAAAGUAUAUUUUGCUUUUACCCAUGCAUCUGCUGAUGAGCAACAUGUUCAUUUUUUAACACAGCCAGUUAAAUCCUCCAUGGAGCUUACUGGAUUUAAUGGAAUACAUUAGUCCACACAACUUGUUUUCUGGUGCUCAUCUCAUGCUAUACUGUAAAACAAUUUUAUACAAAAUUGUAUGACAAAGUCAUUGCUCGAGUAUUAGAGUUUUCAAGAGUUUUCUAUCAUCUGCCAGUCAUAAUUAGCAUGCUCCAGGCACAACUCAUUCACGUAAGCGUGUGCCAUUUCAUGGAUCUGCGUGCUGUAAACAGAGCCGAUGGCCGUCUGCCUUGGUGUUGAUCAUUAUGUACAUUGUGCGAUUGUCUUUUCUUAGCUUAAGUGUCCUCUUUACCAGAAAGAUGGAGUGGACUGAUGCCUGCGUCAGAUGAAUAAACAGGGUUAGUUCCAUGUGAAUCUAUUGAUUUAAAGAAACAGGCAGCUGGUUUGCUGUGGUGGUUUUGAAUCAUUAAUUUGUAUAAAGAAUUGAAAGAGAUGUAUAGUAAAUUAAAUUGUAAACAAAACUUUUUUAACGCAAUGCUUUAGUAUUUUAGUACUGUAAAAUUAAAUAUAUACAUACACACACAUAUAUAUAUAAAUGAAAUUGAAGCAGAAUUCAGAUCCUGAUGGUGCUACUCAGCCUGCUAAAAAUAUAAUGUGAGCUAAGAAUUCAUAAAAGGUUUGAGUGAUGUUCCUACUUGUCAUAUACCUCAACACUAGUUUGGCAAUAGGAGAGUGAGAAUGACAGCUUAUAGCAUUGUGUACCAUCACUGCUUUCCAAGUCUUUUUUUUUUAAUUAUUAAGAAAGCAUACUUUUUUCAAUACUUGAUUUCUUAGCAAGUAUAACUUGAACUUCAAUCUUUUUGUUCUAAAAAUUCAGGGAUAUUUCAGCUCAUGUUCUCCUUAUGCCAACAUGUCACCUGUGUUUAUGUAAAAUUGUUGUAGGUUAAUAAAUAUAUUCUUUUUCAGGGAUUUAAUCCUUUUGUUUUGAAUCCCUCUUGUUUCACUUAUAUUUUUAAUAAUGUAACUAAAACUAAUUUUGUAAAUUUGUUGGCUCUUUGUUAAAAGCAUUUUAGAAAUUCGGGGAAUCUUUUGACUGUGUCAGGCAGGACAGAAACAUUAGUGAUUAACAGAAUGCACUGAGUUGAUAAAAGGGAAAAUUGUAAGGCAGGAGUCUGGCAAAUGGCUGUUGGCCAGUGUUUUAAAUCUCUGAAUAAAGCUUUUUUGAUCUUGUAAUCAAUGCAAGUGAAUAUUCCCUAAGUACUUCUCCAGGCAAAACACUUUGAGGUUUCGUGUGCAAUAAACUGUACAAUUAUGCUUUGUUUAAAUACAUUUUUGCUUAGUAGCAUUUCCCAUCAACUCUUCAUCAAAUGAAGCCAUUUGAGCUUUUCCUGUUUUCCAUAUACCUAAUCCAAAGUGGUUACCGGAUGUGCAUUUGGUGGUACAGAGUCAGCCAUCCCUAAUGAAUAUUUGGUUUUUGCAUCAUCCACUGUCAUUUGUCAAACUGCUAGCAGCAAGAGCAAGAAGUGUAAUUUGGCGAGUUGGGAGAGGUUAGGUAGGAAAGAAGAAAGGAGAUUGAAUGGCAUGUUGUAAAUAUCCCAUCUGUAACUGUAUAUAGCAAACCUGCCUCAGAAUGAAUGGAAAGCAGAUGUACAGUUUGCUUGUAUAGGAAUAUCAGGUUGACUAUAUAGCCAUACUUGAAAUGUUUCUGAGUGGUGUCAACGUUACUUGAAUGAAUUUUCAUCCUGAUUGACGCACAGUGGUGUACAGUUCACUUCUAAAGCUAGUGGUAACUUGUUUAGGAAACUUUGCAGUUUGACACUAAGAAAAUGAACUUCUGUGUGCAUUUCCUAUGCUUUAUUUUUUUAACUAGUUCACUUCAUUUUCAUUUUAUAAUGAAAUCUAAGGAUGGUUAUAAAUAAUGUAAGUAUUGUAAUGUUAUGGAUGCAGGUUAUUUGAAAGCUGUUUAUUAUAUCAUUCCUGAUAACGCUAUGUGAGUGUUUUUAAUAAAAUUUAUAUUUAUUUAAUGCA